CAUCUUCAUCUAAUCACAAAUCCCUAUCUCGAAGCCCACAUUUAUCAUCAGUUGGAUCUCACGUAGUCAUCCCCGCUGAAAUAACUCAACCAGAACCUUCAAAUUGGUUAACAGAUAACCAAUGGGACAAAAUUGAUAUGAGUCUAAAAUUCAUAGUGAAGGAGUAUUAUUCCAAUAAAGGAAUAGAUGGGGUUGUACAAGUUCCCGUUGACCCGGAGUUUAUAGGAGAACGCGAGGCUAUCUUCAUCACUUCGGAAGACGUUUAUCAAGCAGCCUCCAUGGAUAAUAUUGGAUCCUCAGCUAUGCUGUUUGGUAUGAGAUGCAUUUGGGAAAGCAUGCACCCAAAUUCACGACAAUUAUAUAAAUUUUUUGACACCGAACAUCUUUCUAUUGGCAAUGAUGAAAGUAAAAACUAUACGGUGGAUCUUAUAGCCAAAUGGAUGAUGACUAUGGAUAGACGAGGCCAAAUAUAUUUCAUUCCUUGGAUUGUUGAUCGACAUUGGAUGUUGGUGCUCGUGAUGAUGCGGGGGAUGACCAUAAUUUUGGACCCUUUAAAAAAUCAUAAAUCUCCACCAAUAAUUACGGAGGUUAUGGAAAAAGCAUACGCACAAUGUUUGGAAAAUGAAUACAUCGGCACAUUUACAAAAUUGGUGAGAGGUUCUUGUCCAAAACAACCUGAAAGUCAUGAAUGUGGUUAUUAUGUACUAAGAUACAUUUAUGAUCUUGUAAAUGCACCGAAUCCAGCAGAAGUUAUCAAGAAGAAAUGGUUUGACAAAAAGCAAUUCAAUGUCAAAGAUGAUCUACUACCACUACAAAGUGAUUGGUUAGCUAGAUUAAUGCCAUUUGUUUAUGAAAACUAAAUUUUUGUAUGUAUGUAAGAUUAAAGUGCUAACUUAUAUUGGUUAGAAUGAUUAAAGUCUUUAAUUCAUUACUAGCCAUUUAUUUUGUAUUAGAUAUGAAAUGUAUAUAUAAUAAUUUAACAAAUUAGUUAUACU